AUGGCCAUGGCAACGUCCAGGGCCCAGAACCCUGAAGACUUUGGAGGCAGAGAGGCAGACUACUUGUGGCAGCAGGUCAGAAAAUCAGGGAUUCUGCCAGUCCCAGACAAAGUCAGCAGGCUGAAAUGCAAUCAGCCCAGAUGUACUCUGGCCGUCAACUCUAUCCAUCUAACUCUGGGCACCAAGCUGGGUGGGAUGCAAACAUGGCACUCAGAGGAGGGAGAGCUGGGAUCCGGUUCCGGGCGCAGUGCUGAGUCUCCCCUAUUUGCGGUGGUGGAGCAGUUCAGCCGGAGAACCCUGGAGUUUUCGAAGGGCGUGGGGAGAGCUGGAGGCUGGAACCCCCUCCCCCACCCCUUAUUCCUUGGACCUCUCGGGCCCUGGACAGAACACAAGGUUAUCAUCGUGGGACUGGACAAUGCAGGAAAGACCACCAUUCUCUACCAGUUCCUGACCAAUGAAGUGGUCCAUACGUGUCUCACCAUCAGCAGCAAGGUGGAGGAGAUCAUUCCACGGAAGAGCCACUUCCUCAUGUGGGACCUAGUGGGGCAGGAGGCUCUGCACUCCACCUGGAUCACAUAUUACUCCAACACCGAGUUCAGCAUCGUUGUGAUCGACAGCACGGACCGGAAUUGGCUGCUGACUGCUCGGGCAGAGUUAUAUAAAAUGCUGGCCCAUAAGCGGCUGCUAUGGACAGUGAGAUUGACACCAUCCUCCCAACUCGUUGCUGAAAAGCUGAACUGCAUACCCUGGAUUCCUGCAGAUAGCACAGCAGAAUAAGCUGCCCCUCACGCCAUGGCCUCAGGCAUCCUUUUUGGAGACAUCAGGGAAAUGCCAUUGCAGAAUUAGUAAGUGGAACCCUCUCCUCUCCUCAGCCCUCAGCGUCUCUAUAGGAAAAAUAUGUGUGUGUUAGGAGGCAGAUUAAGAGACCCCUGAGGCCGGGUGCAAUGGCUCAUGCCUGUAAUCCCAGCACUUUGGGAGGCUGAGGUAGGUGGAUCACUUGAGGUAAGG